GCUGCUCAAAACCAAACCCAGUGACUAAUCAGAGAUGGCUCUGUCUGCGAUCAUACUGCUGAUAUCUACUGGAGCGGCAUCUGCAACAACAUCAUCCCAUCAGUUCCACUACAUCUACUCGUGCUAUGAAUCCAACGACGUGCGAGUGGACGUCGUCUUUGACGAUGUUGUCGUUGCAUAUGCUGAUUUCAACAAGGAAGAGAUGGUGAUGACGGUACCCGAGCUGCCAAAGUCUAUAAAGGAGUGGAAGAAACGGGCUUAUGAAAUUGCUAAAACCAGCAUUGCACACUGUCACAGCACUUUGAUUACAGCAAAAGGAGCUGAUCCUGGUUCUCCCAUGAGGCAAGAGGCUCCAGACAGCUUCGUCUAUACCCGGUAUGAGGGGGAGGAAAAUGUCGUCAACACUCUCUACUGUUUGGCCAAACACUUCUACCCGCCCACCAUCAUCUUCACAUGGACCAAAAAUGGGGUGGAGGUCACAGAGGGGGUAUUUAACCUGCGUUACCAACACAGUGCUGAUGGGACGUUCCACAGAAUUUCAACGCUGACUUUUACUCCUCAAGAGGGAGAUGUUUACUCCUGCAAGGUGGAACAUCAGGCCUCACAGCAGCCUCUGACCAGGACCUGGGAGCUGAAGGAGAAGAAGAGGAGCAGUGUGAGUCCUGCAGCUGUGUUCUUCAUCGUGAGCCUCAUUUUGUGCCUGAUGGGAAUCGGAACCGGAGUAUUCUUUUUUAACAAGCAGCCAAAUUAACCCCUUUCAUUUUGGGAUUUUACUUGGGGAAGUUCAGCACAAAGAUAUGGUUUGGUCUCCAUGCUAAAAGUGCUUUCAUAGAGCAAAACACAAUCAAUAUUAUAACUGAAUUUAUAUCAAACACAUUAUAGAGGAGGCUUCUGUGAACCACCAGAUUACGUUGUCAGUAAAUCACAGUUUGUUGUGAAUUCAGUGUGUGACUGAAUCUGUGUUUUAUACACUUGAAUGAUGUGUCAUAUAUACUAUUUGAUGUUACAUAAAGAAAUCACACGUUGGGCGAGGUGUUGGAGUUUUUAUACAAUCAGCAGUGUGUGUUUCUGUAAGACAUGCAGCUGGACAUGGAUGUGGUUAUUUUAUCCUUAGAAAUAGAGGCAAUAAAGAUAAAUUACAAUUGAAUUCCAUGUGAGGAUUCACUGUUAAAGAAAACCAACCUUACUCAACGUAGCACAGACAUUUAAUUCAGAACAAAUCCACAGGGGGGAACCAGAGAUUGUGGAAACUGGAGCUCAUGUCAAACUUAACUUAAUUAUAAGGUUUUUCCACCACAGUGUUUCUUUCUGUUAUUCUGGCAAACAGCUUUCUUCUGAUUGUGUUAAUGCAACAUGAUAAAUUAUAACUACACACAUACUGUAAAUCAGCUUCCUCAAAAACAGAGGAAGACUUUGUUAACCUUACCUUGUCCCUUAUGAUUGAAUGAUAAAGAUCAGAUCCCUCUUUCUGUUACCAUCUUAAAAGUAAUCCUUUACUGGGGAAGACUUAGUGAGGGCGAACUGUGGGAUUCCUGGGGAUAACAAUCUAUUACACAAG